AAAAACACCACUUUCUCUCUCUAAAAAUCUCCACCAAAGAUUUUUAUAGAAUCAAUCCAAUUUUGCUUUCACGAAACCUUCUCUUAUUUCCAAAAAUUCUCCACAAAUGUCUCUUAUUUACUAUUUUUUAUAACCCAAAUAAAUUGAUAUAACUCGCCGGAAAAUCUCUAUAUACAUACAUAUUUCCGGCAAGAUGUCUUCAAAUUUCCCCGGAGGUAGUCAUCAAGAUUACUUCAAUAUAAACACAAAUAACAUACCUUCAAGAUCCAUUUCCAUGAUGAAUAAUUUGUCAAACAACCACCCACAAAACCUUUUCCGGUCACCACUCGCCGGAAUCCUCACUGACCCAUCUUCUCAAAUGGGUCUCCGGCGACCAGACUUGAUCGGAAAAAGAUCUUUAGCUGAGUUUCAACAACACCAACAACAACUUCAACUUCAACAACAAGCUUCUUUUUUCUUAAGAAAUGUUAAACAAAGACCUUAUAAUAAUAAUAAUAAUAGUAAUAAUCUCAUGGAUUUUCCUUCUUCAUCUGAUAUUUCUUGUGUUUCUAAUAAUUCGUCUUCUUUAGCUUCUUCUAUCUCUUCUAUUCCAAGAUAUGGUGUUCCUGUGAUGCAACAAAAUAUUCAUCAAUUAAACAACGCUCAAAGUGUACAAAGUUUGCAGAGUUUCAAUCUCGGCGUGAUGGGUAAUUACCAAAAUAACAUUCGGCGUGGUUAUUCGCGUGUUUCUAAUGUUUCGUUACCUAAUAAUAUUAAUAAUAAUUUAUUAGGUAACGAAAUAAAGAACGAAAAAAACCAAAAUAGUAGUGAAGGAAAAAUGAUGAUGAAACAAUUACAAGAGUUGGAAAAACAACUCUUGUUAGAUGACGACGAAGACGGAGAAAAUGAUCAAAAUAAUGUGUCGGGUGUGACAAACAGCGAAUGGUCUGAAACUAUUCAGACCAUACUCUGUUCGUCUAAUCCGGUGAUUGUUACUAAACAGUCACCGGAUAAACCGGAGAACAUUGUUUCUCCGUCUCCAACAUCGUCAUCUUCAUCAUCAUGUGCUUCAUCUUCAGCGACGUCGGUUAGUCCUAUACCGUUACUAACCGACGCCGCAGGGGCAAUAUCUGAUGGUAAGUCAGAUACUGCGGUGGAAAUCCUCACGCGCCUGACAAAUGUUUCAAACGCGCGUGGGACACCCGAACAAAGGCUAAGCUUUUACAUGACGGAAGCUCUCCGAACAAGGCUGAACUCGAUUCCUGCGACCACUGGGGAGCUGUACGGAAAAGACCACAUUUUAUCAACUCAACUUCUAUAUGAGAAAUCUCCAUGUUUUAACCUUGCUUUUGUGGCGGCAAAUGCUACAAUUCUUGAAGCCGGAAAAAGAAUUCAUGUGGUGGAUUUUGAUAUUGGUCAAGGGUUGCAGUAUAUAUACUUGUUACAAGAGAUUGCUGCGGCGCGUGAGGAAUGUUGUGAGGCGCGUGAGAGCAAGAAAGUGAUACCCUUUUCAAUAAAGCUUUCAACUUUUCAAGAUUUUGGAACUGGGGGCGUUGAAAGGUUGAAGAAUGUUGGUGAGAGAUUAAAAAGUCUUGCAAACAAACUUGGUGUUAUGUUUUCUUUCAAUAUAUUAAAUUUGAAGUUAUGUGAUCUCGAUACGACGUCGUUAAAGGGGGGAGAAGAUGAAGUUUUAGUAGUGAAUUUGGCUUUCACGUUAUAUAAAUUGCCGGAUGAAAGUGUGACAACAGAGAAUCUAAGAGACGAGGUAUUGCGGCGCGUGAAAGGGUUAUCGCCGGCAUUGGUUAUAAUCAUUGAGCAAGAAUUGAAUGGCAAUACGGCGUCGUUUGAGACGCGCGUGGGACAAGCGUGUGGAUAUUAUGGGGCAUUGUUGGAGUCAUUGGAUGCAACAACAGGGAGUGACAACUCUGACCGAGUUAAAAUAGAAGAGGGACUGAGUCGCAAAAUGAUGAACUCGGUUGCGUGUGAAGGGAGAGACAGGGUUGAAAGAUGUGAAGUGUUUGGGAAAUGGAGGGCCCGAAUGGGGAUGGCCAGGUUCGAGUCAAACGCAAUGAGUCAACUCAGUCAUGGAUCGUUUGUUAACUUGGUUAACUCAGUGACACGUGGCAAUCCGGGUUUUACGGUGAAGGAAGAAGGGGGUGGGGUUAGUUUGGGGUGGAUGGGACGGAUACUCACAGUUGUAUCGGCGUGGCAUUAGAAUUGAAAAUUUUAAUCUUUAAUUGUAAUUGUUAAUGUAAUUGUGAUUUUAUUAUUAUUGAUUUAAAACUAAUAUAACUACUUUAUUGAAUAUGAUAAAAUAUAUGGUGUGACUUGUGUAACAUUAAAGUUUGGAAAGUAAUUUUAAAUUUCGAAUCUAUCUAUAGAA